GAAUCUGUGUCGAUGGGACAACCACAAGCUAUCAAUUUCCUUAUGUGAGUAACGCUGCCUGUAACUCAACACUCAGACAAAACACUCAGUCCAGGCAAGCCGAGAGCAUUAUCUGGAAAAUGGCGGUCUCUCCAGCCAUGACUGUUGACGAAUAUGAGGACAAAAUACAGCUGGCAAUAGCGGAAGUCAACACACAGAAUGAUAAAACUGUGAAAAGUCUUUAUGAUUUGGCUGAUGAACUGGACAAAGCACAGCGGAAAAUGAACAUAGCUAAAACCAGUUUUGCAUCUGGAGGCAUUGUUGCAGCAGCACUUGCUAUAGCAGGGAUUGCUUGUGCCCCAGCUACCUUUGGUGCUUCUCUUGGGUUGACCAUUGCUGGGGUGACUCUUGGAGUGACCAGCGGGGUAGGGGGAUUAUGCACAGAGGUUGCAGAUAAAAUCAUUAAUACCAAGACCUUAAGAAAAGCCCAGAAAGAAGCCAAAGUGUUUCAUGAAAGAGGGAAGGAUAUGCUGUAUCUGAUGGACAACAUGGAAGGAAGACAUACAAGCAAGUUCAAAACAUUUUUCGCUAAUACGGUGAAGAGAUUGCUGAUACCAAAUCUGUUUGAAUCAAUACUGAACCGUCUUAAGGGCAAACCGUCCAAAAGUAGUGAUGGUGCUGAACCAGUUAAGUUUGGGGCCCGUGUUGGGGCUACAUUAGGUACAGCCAAAGUCGCCACAGAGUUUGUAGAAACGGGACUAAAAGGAGUGAAAGCUGCAGGUGUGGUGAUGAAUUUGCUGACUGUGCCGCUAGAUAUUCAUACAAUAGUCACCAACAGCAUCAAAAUUCACAAGAAAACUCCGUCCCAAACUGCAGAAGAAAUUCGGAGGAUAGCGGAUAAUUUAAAAGGAAAAGAGGUUUCAGAGCCGUCUGACGAAGUGCUGAAGCUAAGGAAGAGAAUUGAAGACAUGACGAGAGAACAAGAGAAACAUUCCCAGACCUGGGAGGAGUCGAAAGAAACUAUUUCAGAAGACAUCAGUGUUGAAAUGGAAAUUAUUUCCAUGGAGUAUGAAUAUGUCAGGCAGGUUUUGUUGAGGUCAAAAUGGUUCACCCUUCUUGUGGAGGCUGUGAUAGCUUCAGUAGUUUCCCUGCUUACAGUUUGUUUAUGUUUCGAAGGUGGAGGGUGGGUACGUGCCAUUGCACAUGGAACCUUAGUGUUGUACAACGUCCUUCUGCUUGUCUUCGAACUUUUGCCCCUCAUCUAUAAGUACUACUGUGUAUACAGAGCGAAGUCAGUAUUGAGACAACACACAUAUGCCAUGGAACACAUGAUCAAAGUUUAUCCGAGAAAACCAUCCAAAAGACACCCACAGGAGGAAACAAGCCAACAGGCUAUAGCUGGUCAAGGCACAUUUUCGUUUGACUAUAAGAUAUCAAAUCAAAACUGCUUUGAAUUACUUUUCGUUACUCUUAAGUGUUUCCUUACGAUUUAUAUUUUGUUUUGGCCUUUUGGAUAUAGCCCCGACUUUGAUUCUGAUCAAAUUGACAUAGGAAGUCCAUCAGAGACAUCUUACAUCAGAGCGGUCAUUGGCGUGUUCUUCCCAAUGUCUUACCCACGUGUCAGUUCCAUGCAUGUGCUGACUCCUGACCUCUACAUGUUGUCUCUCACGAUGGCUGUUUUCAUGCUGCUCCAGUCGUUCCAAGAUUUGCGAAACACGAUCACGCCUGACUUAGUAGAAGAUUUAAAAAAUCUCGCUGAUGAUUUUAAUUGCCGACUCAAAGCUUUAAUGAAAUGUAUGUAACUUGUUUAUGUUUUAGUCGCCUGUACAGACCUUCUAUCACUUGAAACUGGGGACUGAUAUGCUCUGGUUCUUUUAAAUGUUUAAAGAGUUUCUAUUUGGAUAUUUUGUUUAUGUGAGAAAAUUUACCUUCCCGUGUUCUCCAGUGUAAAAUUGACAGUAUUGUGUUAUUGUUAACAAGACAAAAUUGCUGUUGUCUUUUGACAAGAACCUUAUACAUCCCAACCUUG